GGAGCCGGCGGGAGCUCCCUGCGAGGUGGCGGAGGUGCCGCUGACCGUCCGCCGGGCCGAUGUGCGUGCCUUGCGCCGCGGCCAUGCCGCGCAUCGGCGGCCGUGGCGAGGGGCGAGGGGAGGAAAAGCCUGUUUACACAGACGGCGAAGCGCCUGGGGAAUAGUGCAGGGGAGGAAGUGAGCCGGCUCGCUGUCUGACUGCGCUGACUUCCUGCUCGCUCCCGCACACGGGCGCACACACACACACACACACGAGAAGGGAAAAAAAAAAAAAAAAAAAAGAAAAAAAAAAAAGAAGGGGGGGAAAAAUCAGGAUCUCAUUGCAAGAGCAACAGAGCGCCUGCAGAAGACUGUCAGCAUGGAGAACCAGGGGAUUUUACCCAGCUCCCUCUAAAGUACCAGGAGGGAGCGGAAAAGUCCCUCUCAGGCUCUGGGUAUGGAGAGUGCAAUCACACUGUGGCAGUUCCUUUUGCAGUUGCUGCUAGACCAGAAACAUGAGCACCUGAUUUGCUGGACGUCUAAUGAUGGCGAAUUCAAGCUACUCAAGGCAGAAGAAGUGGCUAAGCUGUGGGGACUCAGAAAAAACAAAACUAAUAUGAAUUAUGACAAGCUGAGCCGAGCGCUCAGAUACUAUUAUGACAAGAACAUCAUCAAGAAAGUGAUCGGACAAAAAUUUGUGUACAAGUUUGUCUCCUUUCCUGAGAUUUUAAAAAUGGAUCCACAUGCUGUGGAAAUCAGCAGAGAGAGCCUUUUGCUGCAGGACAGCGACUGUAAGAUGCCUUCCGAGAGCAGGGAUCAGCACAAGCACAGCUUGUCAGCACUGAAAAGCACAAGCCGCAAUGAAUAUAUCCACUCUGGCCUGUACUCCUCUUUCACUAUCAACUCUCUGCAGAACCAGCCAGACCCUUACAAGCCAAUCAAAACAGAAAAACUGGAGGAGAAGUCAGAAGGAAACACACCAGUUGAAGAAGUUCGGACUGUUAUAAGAUUUGUGACAAACAAAACAGACAAACAAGUUAUGAGGCCCAUGGUGUCGUUGCCUUCCACUUCGGAAACAGCAGCUGCCUCUGCUUUUCUCAGCUCGUCGGUAUCAGCUAAAAUAUCUUCCUUAAUGCUACCCAACAGUGCCAGCAUUUCAUCUCCAUCGUCAUCUUCCUCCAGGUCGCCGUCUCUGUCUCCCACCUCACCCCUCCCUACAGAACACAGGAGCCUCUUCCUUGAGUCUAGUUGCCACGACUCAGAUUCCCUUGAGCCUCUGAACCUCUCCUCAGGCUCCAAGGCAAAAUCUCCAUCUCUUCCCCCAAAGGCUAAAAAACCCAAAGGCUUGGAAAUCUCCGCACCACCUAUGGUUCUCUCCAGCACUGACAUCGGUUCUAUUGCCCUCAACAGCCCUGCGCUUCCUUCAGGAUCCCUGACUCCAGCUUUCUUCACUGCACAGACCCCAAAUGGAUUAUUGCUGACCCCAAGCCCGCUGCUGUCUAGCAUUCAUUUCUGGAGCAGCCUCAGUCCUGUUGCUCCUCUGAGUCCUGCCAGGCUGCAGGGACCAAACACUCUGUUCCAGUUUCCAACUCUGCUAAACGGUCACAUACCAGUGCCGCUCCCCAGUCUGGACGGAGCCUCCUCUCCAGUACUGCUUUCUCCGAACGCUCAGAAAUCCUGAUGACACCUCAUCGCACCAAGGACUUAUUGGUGGAUUUAACACUUCAUUCCUAUGGUCUAGUUUUUUCCUGUGUCAUGAGAAGGACAUUGUGAAACCCUCUAUUACUUCGGUUUGCACUUUUCAUUACAUGGAUAAUCUACUUUUAUUAUGUUAGCAUUUUUUAAACAGUGUUUAUAUAUAAAAUAUAUAUAUAAAUCUGUUUUGCAUUAAAUGAAUUAUAAUUUUUUUAUAUCAUAGCUCUCAAGUGUUGAACACUUCUGUUGUUGAUGAAGUACUUUUCUUAAUGGAUUGCAACAAUGUAUGUAAUAAGGAUGUGAAGCUUCUUUUUAAUCCCUUUUUCUGCAUAUUAUGCACUGUGCUUCUGUAAACUAUAACCGGCUGUGCCUUCUUUUGCAUAAUGUCAUGUAAAUGAUUUAUAUAUUUUCUAGUAUUAAGAUAAAAAGUGGAAAGACAAAACUAGUAUUGAAGAGCCCUAUGGUAGUAUUUCAGUAUUUUCUCCACGGGUAGGCCAUAUGAUGCAGUGUAUUCAUGUAACUUUGUAUUAAGUGCUUUCAAAUUGUAUAAAAAUAGCCUUAUAAUGUUUCUUUGCCGAAGUGAAAAACCUAACCAACGUUACAGUCAGGAGAUGCAUUUAGGAGUAACAAAGCCACAUUUACACGUUUAUGCCCAAGUUCUUCUGCAGAGUCGCAACAGGGAGGAGCUGGGCUGUGUAGACCCACGAGACAUUUCCAGCAUUUGAGAACACUUCUGUAGACAAGGAGACGUCGCUCAGAAUUUAUUUGGCCUUUACUUCUUACGAACUGUUGACAUUACAGCUGGAAAGACUGCAGGUAUCCCUGUCCUCCCAGGGAAUGAGGAUCAUUCCCCAUAGAGAAUUUCCAGGUGCUUUGUUCAGUCGUGCCAAGUGCCUUCUACUACUUACCCCGGAAAGAUUAUUCGAGCUACUAAAGCUCAGAAGGUUGCGUUUCCCCUUCCCCCAAAGCUGGAAAAGUUACGGGACUGUAAAUUAAUGCCUGGUGCUCGUAAAGAGGCAUAUUGUACAUGUGGGAUGUUUAUGUAUAAACAUCUGAAUUCUGGAUUAAAAACCAGCACUGUGUUACUAUAUACUUGCAACUUGAACUUACCGGGUAUGUCCUCUACCUUGAGGUGAUGGUUUAGUCAUCUGAACGUCAGGUGAGGAUUAGGCCAGACUCCCUGGCACCACAGAUCCUAAUCUUGGCAGGGUUGAUGCAACUCUUCAGUUGUCUGAGGUGGCUAAAUCGGGUUGAACGCAGCUUUACCAUGUAGGUUUUUCAGAUUGAGACCUUCAAAAACCAAACCCAAAUCAGAAACCUGUUUGCUGCAGGUCACUAGAGCUUCUACUUUGCUUUCUGGCCAAGCGGCUGGUCAAAAGUCCGUUCUUUUGGAAAUUUAUGCAGUGAGUUGUCUGUUGAUGUUCUGUUUGGAUGCAUUUCAGUGAUGUGUGUGUAGUUAAUUGUAAAGUGCUUUUGGAUCCUUCAACCUGAAAGGUGCUAAAUAAACAUUUUAUUAAUGCAGUUCUGAUGUUGAAAAGCCAUUUUUGGGGCAGAGGUAGCCUGACAAAAGACAGCAGGAUUUUUCCGCAGGCUCCUGGGUUGCACAACCAAAAAUGACUCCUCAGUUUCACUCGCAGUAAUUAACGGGAUAAAAACCUGCCGUAUCUGUAUGAAGUACCAGUGCUGAUAAACACGGCAAUUAGGUGCAAGAUAGAAGGAAAAAAGAGUGAAACACACGGGAAGCCAUUCGCUUGAUUCAGCGUUUCAAGAGCUCCAAGAGGUACCACCCCGCGGAGUCAAAACCAGAAGAAGCAACUCCUUACACAAAAUUUAUGAGUGAAGGGAAAUUUUAUGCUAAGUAAAAUGAGAACGGGUCGGAAGAAAAGGCAGGAUGGGGGAUGCCUGAUGGGGUUGACUGGUCUGGUGGAGAUGAAAUCACAAGGGCUCGCAGGCCAAACAUUUCUCUUUCAACGGAUUCCUCACAGGUAAAUGGAAUAUUUUUCAGUAACUAAGUUACAGAGAGGCAAUUAUUCACGCUGUAGAGCCAACUCUCGUCUCUCUCUCAAAUAAGUAUGAAUGCCUACUUCAGUGAAGUCUCGCCUUGUACCCGCCAGCAUAGCUAACGGGAGAGCAAGGCAUAGAAAUGAAGCGUUUCUCACUAUGAGUUUAAAAAGUAAAGGUAGAAACUCACGCAAAAUUUGGUCUUUGACUUAGUAAGCGGUAUUGAAGACCAGACUGCAAAAAAAACCCCGAGAUGAAGAUGGGAGGAGGGACUGUGUGACAGAGAUUCUUAAAAGAAAAAGCAUCCAGAUUCUUGUGACUUCGUCUUUUCCAAAGUUUUACUAUUAAUAAGGCAGACUUGUUUCUUUUCAAAAGGCUCCACACACCUCAACAACCCCCCCACACCUCCCCUCCCGCCCCUUGAGCGACUUCGUUUUUAAAGACAGCAGAAAAUAGCAAUUCUGUGACAAAAUUUCAACAGAUUACUGUAAAGGAUCCGAGAAAAUUCAGUAAAACUUAAGGGAAGACACCUAGAAACAAGAAAGCAGUGCUGUCUUCUCAUCUUCGAGAGAAUAAAAAAUAGCAACAGAACACAUCUUUUGCUCAUUGACUUUUCAGUUAAAAAAAAAAAGGUGGUCAAAAUGAGAUCUGCCUUCCAAAUUGGUCAAUUAUGUGGAAGAAAAAUUCUUCCUACUGGGAAGAAUUUAUACAAAUCAAGUCCAGCCUCUCAAGCCUUAAUGCUUACCUAAACCACUAGAUUAUUAUGCCUUAUGCUUUGAAGA